UAACAAACGCAUGAGAAAUGGAAACGUCAGUCGCCACUCUGGUAUCGCCUUUUGAUGAUUCCUCCGCCUGACUUUGAUAAGAAACAGAGCAUUCGAUAUACAAGUCUAGAUUUGCAAUUGUGGCUGCAGUUGUUUUUCAGAAAACACGUCGAACGGUAGCUGUCAUUUGUUCAAACAACUACUGCAGCUGUCUACGUCUGACCGCCGUAUGCCUACUGUGGUGACUGCUUGAUGUUGGAGGGGGGAAAUUUCUAUACUUUUUGAAAAAAAGAAUCCUUUCUCUUCGCAGACAGGCUCGUGAUUUUCAUUCAUAAACGUUUGAGUCACUUGUUUUGAAUUUUUAUUAUCGCUAAUUGGGGCCUCAUUUGCUUACUUCUGCUGAUAUUCUUUUCCCUACUUGUGAUUUUUUAUGGAUUUUGUGCUGUGCCGUUGUUGGAAUGACUGCUUUACAUGCACAGGAUGAGCUCGCUCGUAUCUGAUUUUUUUAGUAGUGAAGAUGACGAAUUCGAAAAUAUGGGCAUCAUGUUUCGGGGCAGAGCCGACAGAAACUCAAGCUCUUCUGUCUCAUUCAACAGAAAAUCAGAAGAUGCCUUAUUCCCUCCUUGCCAAAGGAGAGACACCACAAGUCAUUACUAUUGAAGAAAGCACAGAUGAUCAAGUGGAAAUCCAUGGCUAUUGUGAAAGUCCAUGCAAGAAAUGCCUGUACAAUAUUGGCAUCUUCCUCAGUUUUGGUCUCCUACUCCUAUUGGUUAAAUGGUUCCCUCAGUGGAGAGUAUGGAUGACCUGCCAGCCUUGCAGUGUGGCAACUGCAAGUGUACUUAUUCUGAAAGAUAUUCAUGGCAGCAUCACUGUUUUAAAUGUGACAGUUGAAUCAGUGUCUUCAUCCAUACCUCCAGAGCUUGUAUAUUCUAGAUCUGUCUCAUCCAUUAGCAGCCAUUCCCAUGACUCAAUGAACUUCAAUUAUUCUCCAACCAGCUCAUAUCGGCAUUUUCUUCAUAACUGUGUAAAAUAUGUAUGGGAUUCCAGACUUUGUUGCUUUAAACGAUUAAAAGGAUAUGAAGGAUUGCCAUGUACUGAAUUUUAUGAAAAGUUCCAUGGUCUUUCUGCUAGUGAAGAGGAAGAAAAACGUGAAUUAUAUGGACCAAAUAACAUUGCUGUUGAAGUUAAAUCCUAUUUUUAUCUGUUUAUAAAUGAGGUUCUGAAUCCAUUCUAUAUAUUUCAAGCAUUCAGUGUGAUGCUUUGGCUUUUUGAUGAUUAUGUUUUAUAUGCCAACUGUAUUAUGAUUAUUACAUUGAUUUCCAUAACUAUUGCCUUGAGAGAAGUUAGGCAUCAACAAAUUACCCUAAGAGAUAUGGUUUCCCGCUCCAAUGCUGUGACAGUUACAGUUCGUAGACAAGAUGGCGUGUUUGAAGACAUUCCAUCUUCUAAUCUGGUGCCUGGUGAUGUGUUGGCUAUUCCUCCCCAUGGAUGUCAUAUGCCCUGUGAUGCAGUAUUGAUCACUGGAAAUUGCAUUGUGAAUGAAAGUAUGCUGACAGGCGAAAGUGUGCCAGAAACUAAAACUCCUCUGUCCAAACAUGAUGAUGAAUCAUAUUGCCCACUUGCCCAUAAAAGACAUACUCUAUUUUGUGGAACAGAAGUUAUUCAAACUAGAUAUUAUGAAAACAAUAGAGUAUUGGCUGUUGUUGUGAGAACAGGUUUCUCAACAGCUAAAGGAGAGUUGAUUCGAUCCAUUCUUUUCCCAAAACCAUUAGGUUUCAAAUUCUACAUGGAUUCAUUAAAAUUUGUUGUAUUGCUUUUUUGCAUUUCUGCCCUGGGAAUGGCUUACUCAAUUUACUGCUAUAUUGAGAGAGAUUCCCCUAUAGGUCAAACAAUUGUCCGUGCUUUAGAUAUCAUCACUAUUGUUGUACCACCAGCUUUACCUGCUGCUAUGUCAAUAGGAAUAGUAUAUGGACAAACUCGUCUGAAGAAGCAAAAAAUCUAUUGCAUUAGUCCACCUAGGAUAAAUAUUGGAGGGAAACUGAAAUUGAUAUGUUUUGAUAAAACGGGUACUUUGACUGAAGAAGGAUUAGACUUUUGGGGUAUCAUUCCUACAACCGAAGGAAAAUUUAAAGAACUAGAACAUGAUGUUAAUAUUCUAUCUGAGCAUGAUCUAUUAAAAGUUUGCAUGGCCUCUUGCCAUUCUCUUACAAUUAUUGAUGGAGAAAUACGGGGUGACCCAAUGGACUUGAAGAUGUUCAAUGCUACCAAAUGGGAACUUGAAGAGCCUGGUUCUGAUAACACAAAAUUUGAUCUACUGAAUCCUACUGUAAUACGUCCAUCCACAAAGAAAUUAUCUAAGAUAUCUUGUAAUGGACCUGAAGGAGAUGUAAUGUUGGCCCAAGAUACAAACUGUGAUGAUAAACUUAUCAGCUUUCCAUUAUCUCCUACUAAAGAUAACUCACUUCUUGAUGAGAUGCCUUAUGAAGUAGGAAUUAUUCGCCAAUUUCCAUUCUCCUCUGGUCUUCAAAGGAUGAGUGUUAUGUGUAGGACUCUGGGAUCACGCCAUAUGGAUUUGUAUUGCAAAGGAGCUCCUGAAAAAAUAGUUUCAUUGUGCCUUUCUGAAACAGUGCCAGUAAAUUUUCCUGAACUGUUGAAGGAUUAUACGCUACAAGGUUAUCGAGUUUUAGCUUUAGCUCAUCGAAAAUUAGAUCCCAAACUUAGCUGGCAUCAUGCUCAAAAAAUUAAAAGAGAUCAAGUCGAAAAGGAUUUGACUUUUUUGGGUUUGCUUAUCAUGCAAAAUACUCUCAAACCAGAAACAACACCAGUUAUUAAAGUGCUGAAAGAUGCUAAAAUUCGAUGUGUUAUGGUAACCGGAGACAAUGUUAUGACUGCUAUGAGUGUUGCCAGGGAUUGCCAUAUGAUUCCUGAAUCAGAUAGAAUAAUUGUUAUCAAUGGUGUGGCUCGUGAACAUGAAAAGUCUGCUCAUCUUAGUUUUGAAUAUGCUGAAACAUUAAAUUUACGAAACUCAAACUCGACCAUUUCAGAAGCUAUUUCUGCCAAUGGUGAUAUGAGUCCAGUGCUUUCCACUUUUGUUGAUGCCGUUCCUCAGCAUUAUCAUUUUGUGAUGGAUGGUAAAACUUUUGGUGUUAUUCGUAAAUAUUUCCCUGAAAUGUUGCCAAAGAUUCUUCUUCGGGGGACUGUUUAUGCAAGAAUGGCUCCAGAUCAGAAAACUCAACUAGUGGAAUCUCUGCAGAAUAUUGGUUAUGUUGUUGGAAUGUGUGGUGAUGGUGCUAAUGACUGUGGGGCAUUGAAAGCUGCAGAUGUGGGAAUAUCUUUAUCUGAUACCGAAGCAUCUGUUGCUGCACCUUUUACUUCCAAUAUUCCUAACAUCAGAUGCGUUCCCAUUGUGAUUAGAGAAGGAAGAUGUGCAUUGCUUACUUCAUUUGCUACAUUCAGAUUCAUAGCUUUGUACAGUUUAACUCAGUUUGUUUCUGUUCUCAUCUUAUAUACAGUGGAUACUAACUUAACUGACCAAAUGUUUCUCUAUAUUGAUAUGGGUGUUAUCACAUCAUUAGCUAUAUCAAUGGGUUAUACCAGAGCUUAUGACAAGCUGGUGCCUGAACGCCCUCGUGUCUCUCUCAUUAGUGUACCUAAUGUUGUUUCACUGUUAGCUCAAGUAGUAUUUCUAACUGUCACACAAGUGGGUUCUAUCAUCUUUUUACAAAAUCAAAAAUGGUAUGAACCAGUUCAUGGAUCAAAAGGUGAAGAUGAAGAUAUUUUUCCUUGUUGGGAAAAUACUGUAGUAUUUUUAGUAUCCUCUUGGCAAUAUGUUGCAAUAGCUCUUAUUGUAUCAGAUGGUCCACCGUACCGAAAACAUUUCUUUACUAAUUAUUUUUACCUCGGUGUACUGUUCUGUGUUUCGGCAUUCAAUUUGUUUUUGCUGUUCAAUCCUUUUGAAGUGUUUGCUACUAUAAUGGGAAUUGUGAAAUGGGGGCCUACUCAACAUUUGAUGUUCCGUGUUACAUUGCUGUUGAUGGUUCUAUGCAAUUUUUUCCUUGCGUUGGCCUUUGAGAUGCUUGUUGUUAACAGCCGUUGGUUACGCUGGUUGGUUCGCAAAAUCAAAAACAAGAAAGAAGCCAAAAAUGAAUACAAAAGAAUUGAUAAAGCAUUAUCUGCAGACUAUGAAUGGCCUCAAGUAAAUAAGACUGUCUAUGAAUCUGGACCAAUCCUAAUUUCUCAAUGACGAUUACUAAUAUUUAGUGCCUUUGGCUUAUUAAACUUAAGGAUUUUUCUACACAACUUGCCUAAAGGUUUAAAUGCAUUUUUUGCAUCAUAUUUUCAUACUUUUUCACUAUCCAUUGUUGGAUACAUGAUAUUUUGUUAGAUGAUAAGCAGGGCUGAUUGAGAUUUUACUUGAAAUUUUUUUAAUAUUUGGUUUUGUUAAACUGGAAAGUAUGCAUCAUUAAUGAAUAAACUGUUUUAAAAAUGCUUACUUCCCUAGAAUUGGAAAAGGAAGAAAAGUACUUCUUAAUUAGCUCAUGUAUUAAAUUUUUAAUUAGUUGCAUUGUUAUACAUCACAAUUAUAUGAUGAUAAUGUAAUUAAAGAUUUCUAAAGCAUUUGGAAAAGUUGUGAUCAUAAUCAUUUUAAUUAAACUGUAAAAUUUAUUACAACCUUGUUGAAAAAUCUUUUUUAGUAAACAUUUCAUAAAAGGAAAUUGAUUUGAAAAUUUAACUAAAUGAAAUAUCCAAUGUUAUGAAAAAUGUUUAUUUCUUCUUGUAAAUCUAUAUGCUGAUGAGAUGAGAAUUUUCUCCUGGGGGGAAAAAAAGGACACAUAUAACAAAUAUAAAAACGAAUUUUAGUUUGUUUUUAACAUAUUUUGUUAGUAUGUUUAUGAUAUUAAAAUUCAAUUCUUCUUUGAGAGAUUAUUGAAGUAUUACAAAUAGCUUAUUAUUUGUGUAAAGAGUCCAUCUGGCUGUGUUAAGAAUUGUUUUAUAACUCCCUCAGUCAUCCCUGCAAUGUCUUUUUUUGGUUAGUGUUAACUUAUUUUUAUAUCUGCAUUCAAAAGGAAUGCAAAUGUUUUUUUGUAAAUGUGUUUUCUAAUAUUAGAUAUAAAAAUAACUGGGUCAUAUCACAGAGGCCCAAUAUCAAUGUACUUUAAAAUGAGGGACCGAAGGUUUCAAUGUUAUUUUGCAUGCCCUUUAUUUCUAAGUAUUUAUAUCAUGCUCUGUUUUUUUUUUUUUUUUUUUUCAAUUGUACUUAUGGUGCUUUUAACUGGUUUUGAUGAUUUAAUUUUUAAAUAUAUACAAAUGAGUGAUAUUUGUCAUAAUUUUUUUUAGAAUUAUUUUUUGGUUUCGCUAACAUCCUACUUUGAUUUAUUUUUUUAAAGCCAAUUUCUAAUUUAUGACACUCCCAAAUUUAUGUAUACAUAUUGUGUUGUAUUCAGGCUGUUGAAUCAAAUAAAAAAAACAUUAUAUAUCUAAAAAGUAAUUGUCAUCGAACAACAAUUGAUUUGAAAAUCAUGCUCCUUGCAUUUACAGAAAACGUAUGCAAUGCUGAAAAGUGAAUAUUAUUUGUUGUACAUAGACUGUUAGAAAAUAGAAUUAAAGUGCACACAAAUGGAAUUGUAAUUAGGUAAAUGAAUCUGUCUAUUUAUAUCAAUGUGGAUACAUUCUUAUUUAUUGUACUUUAAAUGUAUUCUUAAAUGUUAAAGCAUAACUGUUCUGAAAAGUAUUGCAUAACAGGAAGUCUAAAAUUCUUUAAACUGUAGGAUUUUAAAUUAUGAAAGUAUUAAAUGUGUUUGUGAAAGUGAAAAAUAUAUAGCUGAGCUUAACUGAGUUGUGAGUUGCUGUUCUGUGUAAAUAAACUCUUAUGAAAUAUGCAUA